AUGCCACGGGGGUUUGGAUGCUCAAGACGUCACGAACAUGGCAACUAUGAGAGAUCUAAGAACCUAACAGUGUUACAAAUGAGCCACCAGCUUUGGGAAUGCAGCCCUGCUGCACUCCUGCUCCUCCUGUCCGGCACCCCUCCGAACCGGCCCUCCACCACGCCGUGGCUUUCAGGUACGUCUCACCCGGCACCUGCGCUCGCCCCCUAG